CAACGAUAUCCUCCUCAUUAUGAUCAUGGGUCAACUCAGGCCUACUCAGGCUUGGCUUGCGAAAUGAACGUACUCCAGUCUCAUCCGAGCAUUCAUCGAUGAUCCUUUGCCCUGGACGCUCGGGCGGUGAUACACCGCAAAUCACUCAUUGUCGGAAAACAUGUAUCACUCUCACGACAUGCUACGACAUAUUCCGCGUACUACAUAGGAUGCCAACAUGUGGACCUUCCCGUCGUUCCCUAGCUAUCUCGGGAACUCCAAAAACGUUGCUAUGCAUGUGCUCUGAUGCAACAUCGACUCGUCGAUCACGACAAGUCUUCGCAGCUCGGACAGAUGACCAUCUGAUCGUGGUGUUAGUCAUCGUAUUUCGAGUCAGGCUGUUGAGCACGCAGUCGCUCUCGCAGCAUUCGUCACUCGGCCGGGACUCGAGUAAACUCGCAUAUAUAUACUUCGGUGUGUCUCUCCACGAGAUCACUAUAGCAACCAAGCAGGAUGUCGAGGGACGACGUCGCAUUCUACGGAUUCACCCCUGUUCCCAGGGACCCGGACGUGCUAUUCAAGGACCAUCCGACUGCAUCUGGCCCCAAUCCAAAGCAAGAGCUUGUCGUCGCGUCUGACUUCCCACUGCCGGACUCAUCUGUUGUCCGGGCGGUGAAAGACUUCGUGAAGGCAGAACUCGAUGAACAAACCUACAACCACAGCCACCGAGUCUACAUCUAUGGCACCGCGCUAGUGAAGACGCACUUUCCAUCCUGGUUGUAUGAUUCCGAGACAUACUACCUCGCGUGUCUGCUGCAUGACAUCGGCACCGCCAACCGGUUCCUGGCGAGCACCAAGAUGUCGUUCGAGUUCAAAGGCGCGAUCGUCGCCCGCGACCUGAUCUUGCAGCAAGGCGGCCCGGAAGACCAGGCGGACAGCGUGUGCGAUGCGAUCAUCAGGCACCAGGACAUCUUUGUGAAAGGAGGGAAUAUCACUAUGAUCGGGCAGAUCUUGCAACUCGCAACCAUCCUCGACAAUGUCGGACUUCGCGCGAAUCUCAUCCACCCACGUCUGAUCGAGACAACCACGGCGGCCUUCCCUCGCAAGGGCUGGUCAGAGCACUUUGCCCGCGUCAUCGAGAAGGAGCUGACGCUGAAGCCGUGGUGCCACACUUCGACUUUCGAGCAGCCGAAUUGGAAGGAGGGCGUUCAGAGCAACUUUGCGACAGACGUGAGGGGUAACGAUGUGAUGAAACCAUUCGAUUGACUGGAUAUGCACCCAUGGAAGGAUGUGCGAUGCGACAUUUCGGCGAACGGUGAUGUCGCCAGUCAGCAGUAAACUCCAGUCAUAUUAUAGCAUGAUUAGUACCGAAUAACGAUGUGCAGGUAGUGUGAGCAAGUUGCUGUGUGAAUCUGUGAUACAUCCUUGUGACAGCAUCGAGCAC